AUGAAAGGCGUGACUAGAUACAUUAAAGAGGUUAUGAUUGUACCUGGAUUGGAUGAGAAUUUGUUGAGUGUAGGGCAGAUGGUUGAACAUGGAUAUUGGCUUGUGUUUGGGGAUUACAUGGUUGAUAUAUAUGGAGAUAAACAAAUGGAAGAUCCGAUUGCAAGUGUUCCAAUGAAAGAAAACAUAUGCUUUCCCUUAAGUUUAGAAUAUGUCAAUCCUCUUAUGGCUAAUAGAGUAACUGUUGAAGAGUCAUCUUGGGUGUGGCAUAGAAGAUAUGGACAUCUAAACUACAUCAAUUUGAUGCUCCUGCAAGAAAAGGAAAUGGUGAAGGUUCACAGAGAACCAUUCGAUAAGGAAAAGGCUUGGAGAGCAUCACAAGCUUUAGAACUAAUUCACUAUGAUAUUUGUGGUCCAAUGCAGAUCACUACAUUUGGAGGAAACAGAUUCUUCCUUACCUUUAUUGAUGAUCACACUAGAAUAUGUUGGGUGUUAUUUAUGCAGCACAAGUCACAUGUCUUCAACAUUUUCAAACGGUUCAAAUCCAUGGUUGAGCUUCAGAGUGACUAUCAAAUUAAGAAAUUCAGAAGUGAUAGGGGUGAGGAAUACACAUCUUUAGAGUUUUCAAAGUUAUGUGAAGAUAUGGGAUUAGAAAGGCAAUUGACUCCGGCCUAUUCUCCACAACAAAAUGGUGUUGCAGAGAGAAAGAACCGUACUGUGAUUGAAGUGGCUAGAACAAUGAUGUUUGAAAAGAAGAUUCCCUUGAAGUUUUAG